UAAGAGGAGCGCGCGCCGCCGUCGCCGCUUCGUGGUCACGAUAUUUACCGUGUUUGCUAUCGCGUUUCGGAACAUUUGGUAUAUAGUAACCCCCCGAGGUUCGUGUAUUAUCGUUAUCUACAGAACACAUAGUAACCCCACCCCGCUACCACUGUGCGGCGCAUCGCAGCACGCAGUAGCAGUUGUCGAGUCCGUCGCCCGCCGCCACUGCUUCAGUGCGUCGCUCGCGUUGCUCCGUAUCAGUUGUCCCGCGGUCGUUGUGCGCCCUUCACGACGUGCUUGUCCCUGCACACGCGAACAAUAACAAGGAAGACGGAAACGACGGACGGUCGGUCGCGCGCGAACGUUCGCGUUCGUGUUUUGACGGGACGAAUAUCGCCAUCUCCUCCUCCACCUUGAUGGUCGCGAUCCUCCCGGCCCGCGCAUAGUCCACGACAACGGACCCCGGCAUGGACGGCGAACAAUACGAAUUGGUCGGAUCGUGUGACGGCGUUGACAUCGAAUUCGCCGACUUGUCGUACUCGGUUACCGUGUGGACUCCGGGCAGCAUAUUCCAUCCAGAGAAAAAACGAAUUUUAAAUAACGUCAGUGGCUCGUUUUCCAAUAGACAAGCGUGCGCUAUCAUAGGUUGUUCUGGAUCCGGCAAGUCGUCGUUAUUGAACAUUCUUUCCGGUUACAAAGGAGAAAUCAACAUUAAUGGACGAUCGCGAAAUCGAAAACUUUUCAUGAAACAAUUGAGUUACAUAAUGCAGGACGAUCAUUUACAACCCAAUCUGACGGUCGCAGAAUCAAUGGAAAUUGCUUCUAAAUUUAAAAAUUGUACCUUAAAUCUCAAUAUUUACCAUAAAAUCUUAAUUCAAAGAAUUUUGGAGAAUUUGAAACUAUGUAAUAAACAAAAUACACUUGCUGCAAAUUUGUCUGGUGGUGAACGAAGACGACUAUCUAUUGCCAUUGAAUUGAUACGUAAUCCAAAAGUGAUGUUUUUUGAUGAGCCAACAACAGGUUUAGAUGUGGUAUCAGCAAAUUAUGUAGUAUCUAUGUUAAGAGAUUUGGCCAAUAGCGGUAAAACAAUUAUAUGUACUAUUCAUCAAGCAUCUGCUUCUCAAUUGGAAAUGUUUAAUGCAUUGUACAUAUUAUCACCUUCUGGACAAUGCAUUUAUCGAGGAAAGUCCUCUAACCUUAUAAGUUAUUUGUCUUCUAUUGGUCUCCAGUGUCCCUUGCACCACAAUCCUGCAGAUUAUGUCAUUGAAGUGAGUUCUGGUGAAUAUGGUGACCACAAUGAAGAACUUGUGAAGUAUAUUGAUAAUGGAAAAUCAAAUGACUGGAGUAAAGAUAAAUAUAUUGAAGACAGUGUUCAAAUGCUAAACCAUCAUUCUAAUCAUUCUUCUCCUAAACAUUUGUCAAAGUUCCGGAAUGAACUACGAAUACUUAUUAGAAGGACAUUAAUAAUUUCAUCUAGAGACAGUGACUUUAUCAAAUUAAGAGUAUUAGUACCACUUUUUAUGAGCUUUUUAUUUGGUUCAGUAUAUUUUAAUAUUGGUAAAAGUGGUUCAUAUACACGAGAUAAUGUAAUAAUGUUAUAUUUCAGUAUGAUGACCAUUGUAUAUUUAUCUGCAUAUUCUAUGUCUAUAAAAUUUCCAAUGGAAUUGUUACUUAUGCGAUUAGAAUAUUUUAACCAAUGGUAUUCACUUCAUUCAUAUUACACUUGUGUGACUUUAACGGAUUUACCUUUACAGAUUAUAUCAACAGGUAUAUUUUAUAUAGUGAUUUACUUAAUGACUGGACAACCAUUUGAACUAUUCAGAUUUUUAAUGGUUUUUUUAAUGUUGAUCGUAACUGGUUUAAUGUCUCAAGCAACUGGCAUGUUGGUUGCAAUUUUAUUUAAGAAUUUUCUUAUAAAUACCAUUGUUAUAUCAUCCAUCAUAUUACCAAUGACCAUAUUUGCUGGUAUUAUGCUACGCAUUAAUGAUACACCAAAAAUAUACAGUUGGAUUUAUGAUAUAUCUGUGUUGAAACAUUCUAUGCAAGGUAUUUUACAUGGCAUAUAUGGUUUCAAAAGAUCUUCUUUGCCUUGUGCAGAAAUUUAUUGUCAUAAUGGCUCACCAGAAUUAGUCCUGAAAGAUGUCAAUAUGAGUGAUAAUAUAUUUUGGACCAGUAUUGGGUAUAUAACAGUUAUACUAUUAUUCCUAAAAAUAUUUACAUAUAUUGUUUUAAAAUAUAAACUUUCCUGA